AUGAGCCGAAUAGCUACGACCUCGAUGCGCGCCUUCCAGCCCAUCUUCCGCCCGCUCGGGUUGCGCCCGGCGCCCGCCCUCCCGGCCCUGCACCGCCUUCCUCUCGCUGCCGCAGCAACCAGCCAGACCACCCCGUUUUCCACAUCAGCCGCUCUGCAGGCAAAGAAACGAGGCCCAAAGAAGGAUGCGAGAAUAACACAAAUCCGCUACCAUCUCUUCCACCCGAAGACCCCCCGUCCGCUCCGCUUUUCGCGUAUUCGCGCUCUGCGGCAUUGGACCAUUCACCGCGCCUGGAUGAUGUUCAAUAAGAAGCAGCGCCGCGAACAGGAGCUCGAGCUUGAGCGGCAGUACAACUCGAUGCGGAAUGCGUGUGAGGCGUUGAGGUUGAUUGACGACAACGGCAUGCCCGGUCCCGAGACGGCGAAGAACGUCGGCCGCCUGUACCGGACUUCUAUGAUGAAGGAAGAAAUCUGGAACGGCGUCCCAAUUGAGUAUGCGAGACCACAAGUUGAUACGCCCUCGAAGGAAGGUUGGAACCACGAGUGGAAGCGGUAG